AAGACCGGCCCCUGUACAGACCAGUUGCCAGUGAGGGCUGUUGUGCGCUGUGGUCCGCGAUGUGAUGGUGCCCGGCAUUUUUUUUUUUUAGUUGCCAUUGAAGACCGGUCUCGAAGUUGAAGGCAAAGAAGUGUAUUGAGAUAUUGAUAUUACAAGGACUGGGAAGAAUUCGUGAGACUUUUAAUUUUAAUUUUUCGGGUGUCCGCAUCUGACAGUUUAAUAGAAAGGAAGGAAAAGGGAAAAUUGUGAAGCCGAGACAACUGGAAAGCAAAAAAGGAAACGAAAUUGAGCCACAGAGAAAAAAAAGAAAAGAAAAUGUAAUAAAGCCACAAACUAAGAAAAAGCGAAUCAAACAAAGCCAGAGAAAGAAAGAAAGCACAGAGAAAAACAACAACAAACGAAACAAAGACACAGAUAAAGAAGGAAACACCAAAAACAACCAAAAAUCAAAGAAAACAAUAAAAAAACCCUCUCAUUUAGAUGAGGAUCGCGUAGCCUGGACAAACCACCCACAUUUAUAACCAUGGUAUCACUCAAGUCUUGCGAGCUGAACCCUCAGGUCACCUCCACGGGGAAGGCGGGCGGCGCGGGCGUACGGGCGGGCUGUGCAGUGAAGGCGAUCAACGGCACGCCCACCGCUCAGCUGACUCUCUCGCACGCCCACGCCCUCACCAAGCAGGGCUCGACGCUCACCCUCGAGAUAGACGACUCAGGUGAAGAGCCCUUCGGCACCUCCAUCCGCUCCACCUCCACCAAUUCCUCCACCUCGGCCUCCACCUCUUCCACUGUAGUAGCUGCUAAUGGACACAUCUCGCCUGCCAAGCGUAAAGGAGGUAAGUAAAAGCUUUUCAACAAC